AUGGGCAACAAUAUUUAAAAGGAAAAAGAUAAUCACAGUGCUAGUGCUACUAAGCAUUAUACAAGAAGCAAUGUAAACUAUUUAAUAGAAUCAUUUUUAGGAGCUUAAAAUUGCUUACAGAACUGAAGAAGCAAUUUUAGAAAUAAACAAGGCUUUGAAUCUUAAUCCUAAAUAUGCAGAAGCCUACACUUUAAGAAGUUCAUUGUUUUAAUUAUCAAUUUAGGUGAAUUAUAUUACAAAAUGGAAUUGUAUGAUAAGGCUUUGUAAGAUGUUAAUUUUAGCUUGUCUAUAAACAACAAUAAUGCAGAAAGUUAUUAUUAAAGAGGUAUAAAUUAAAUCUUAUAAUUUAAGCAACUAUUUAUUGGAGAUAAAAAUAAUUGAAUCUAGCUUUAAACGAUUGUUGGAAGUGUGUUUAGAUUAAUAAAAACUUUGCUAUGGGGUAUUGUAGAUUAGGUAACAAAAUAACAAUAAAUAUUUAGGCACGAUUAUGUGGGAUUUGAAAGAAAUAGAUAAGGAACUCGAAUAUUACAAUUAGGCUAUAUAGAAAGAUAGUAAUUGUUAUAAUGCAUUUAUAUGUCGAGGUAAAAUAAAAUUAUUUUUAAGGGUGCUUUUAUAUGGAUGGACAAAAAGCUGACUUGGCAUUAAGAGAUUUCAAUCAAGCAAUUUAAAUCAAUCCACAAUAUAGUUUAGCCUUUUAUAAUAGAGGUGAUUAAACAUAUUAUAGAGAAGGCUAUUUCUAUUAUAAAAUUGGUGAGCAAGACAAGGCAUUAAAUGACUAUACUAAAGCAAUCCAACUGGAUCCAAAUAAUGUGAUAACCUAUCGUAAUAGAGGUGAUUACUGUUAUAUUCAAUAUAUAAGGCUUUUUAUAUUCCAUUAUCGGUGACAAAGAAAAGGCAUUAAAUGACUAUAACAAAGCAAUCCAACUAGAUCCAAAUUUUGCAAUAAUCUUUAAUAAUAGAGGUGAAUACUAUUACACUCAAUAUAUAAGGACAUUUAUAUUACAAUAUCGGUGAGAAAGAAAAGGCAUUAAACGACUAUAAUUAAGCAAUUCAACUGGAUCCAAAUAAUGUGAUGACCUAUCAUAAUAGAGGUGAAUACUAUUACACUUAUUAUAUAAGGCCAUUUAUAUUCAGAUAUCGGUGAGAUAGACAAGGCAUUAAAUGACUAUAACAAAGCAAUCCAACUGGCUCCAAAUUUUGCAACAAUCUUUUAUAAUAGAGGUGAAUACUAUUACACUCAAUAUAUAAGGCCAUUUAUAUUACAAUAUCGGUGAGAAAGAAAAGGCAUUAAACGACUAUAAUAAAGCAAUCCAACUGGAUCCAAAUGAUGCAGCAGUCUAUCAAAAUAGAUAUGAAUAAUAUUAAACAAAUAUAAUAGCCAUAUUAUAUGUCAAUAUUGAUGAGUAUGACAAAGCAUUAAAUGACUAAAAUAAAACAAUUCAACUUAAUCCAAAUAAUGCGUAAGCCUAUUAUAAUAGAGGUUAAUACUUUUAUUACUAAUCUGUUAGCCAUACUAUACAAAAAUAUAGGGAAGCAUGACGAAGCAUUAAAUGAUUAUAAUCAAGUAUUUCAAUUAGAUCCAAAUUAUGUUCAGGCCUUUUUUGGAAAAGGUUUUAUCUCCAUAAUAGUAAUUUAGGCCUUAUCUUAUAGGAAUUGAAAUAAUAUGAGCAAGCAAUAAUCUGCUUUGAUAAAGCCAUUUCUCUUGAUCAAAAUCAUAUUAAUGCUUAUUUUAACAAAGGUUUUAUGUUUAAUAUCAUUUAGCAAUUUCAUUAGAAUAAUUGAACCAAUUCUUUUAAGCAAUAAAAUAUUAUAAAAUAGCAUUAACAUUAAACCAUCCUUCUUAAGAUUAUAUUUCUUAAAAAGUCAGCAUACUUAGAGUAUUUUUAUGA